CUUUCUGUUCUUUUCUUUCGUGCUCAUUUCUUCUAACCAAACGAGCUCCUUCGAAACAUUCUCAUCGGACUAAGAUGGCGGAUGGGACGGCAACAGCCAGCUCUGGAGCUCCGGCUUUCUCCAGAGUACGUCUAAAACCGGAGGUUUUCCAGACAAUUGAUGGGAAAAUCAUAGUUGAGGAUGAACUUUUACACUUCCUGGCUAUGAAAAUACGAACUUUAAGUCAGGAUGAAAUUGUCAUCUUGGCUACCAACUGUUUCGAUUCCGAUUGGAUUGAAGCCUCAAAGAAGACUCUGUUUGAGCUUUGUCCAACUACACAGCAGAAUGUUUCGCACAAAGGUGCGCAAAAAGACGUGAAUAACAUUAAAAGCUGCCUCAAAGUCCUGAAUGAGUGUGGUGACAAUGUCCCACGGUUUGUCUCACACUAUCUCGAUGAGCUACCACCAGUGACAUUUGCGAACUUGGAUGUUUGUACCAUUCUCCGGAAAGUGGAGCAGCUACACGCGGAGGUUUCUGCAUUGAAGAGUGUGCUACAUCUGCAGGUUGAAGCCAGUGAUAAUCUACGCUCUGUGGUGGUGGACGUAACCCGUCGGGUCACUGACCUGGAAAUGUUUGCUGAUCACGGCUGCACCGGGCAGAUCGCAUCGAUGAGGCGUCCGGUUGUGGCGAAUGCUAGUGCUAGCCCUGAGAAGGCUAAUGACAGCCCUGCGGCCGGGACCGGAAGCGCUGCGCAGGGAGAACAGCUAAACGCACUGUCGCCGGUAACUGUGGAGGUGGCUACCUCACCAGUUACAUCGGGGCUGACGACGUCUCAUCCCGAAUCCCCAAAGUGGACCCGCAUUGUAAGGAGGGGUGAACAGAGGCGUGCCGUGAUGACCGGUGCCACAUUGGGUUCACGCGACACUAAUUUGCCAACGGUGCCAAGGCAGUCUGGCAAAGCUAUUAUCGGUACUGGAUCAUCUGGAUAUAUCAAAGUGGUCAAAACAAAGCAGUGUCCUGCAGACAUCACUGUAGAAGGUCUUCACCCUGAGAUGUAUGAUCACCUCCUCGUUAAACAGGAGGAGAAGGCUGAGAUACCGUGCAUCAAACAGGAGGUGGAGCCAUUAACCUCCUACAUUAAAGAAGAAGAACAGAAAGAUGAAAUCUCCACAUUUCCAUUGACUGUCAUUGUCAAGAGUGAAGAAGAUGAAGGUCCAAGUGACGAGAGCGGAGCAGCGAAACCUUUGACCUACAGCACGGUUCAACAUCUCACAACAAAAGGAGAGGAACAAUCGCAAUCUGACGUCUUCUUGGCUCCAUUCUCGGACAGCAACGAUGUAACAGCACACCCUUCUAACUUUAUCACUGAUGGGGAGGAUGUCGACUUGGGCCAAAAUGCUUCGAAAUCCUCAAACAAGUCAUCAUUGAAAAAAGACACAAAAGAACGCGUGGGUGGGAAACCAUUUACCUGCUUACAUUGCGAUAAAGGAUUUUAUUGGAAUGCUGAUUUCGAAAAGCAUAUGCGUACACACACUGGAGAAAAGCCUUUUGUCUGCAUAUUUUGUGGUAAAGGAUUCACCGCGAAGGGAACUUUAAACAGACACAUUAGCAUACACACCGGAGAGAAGCCUUUCGCCUGCUCACUUUGCGAUAAAAGAUUUUCUCAGAAGACUCAUUUAGAAAUGCAUAAGCGUAUACACACUGGAGAAAAGCCUUUUGUCUGCACAUCAUGUGGUAAACGGUUCACCGAGAAGGGAACUUUAAACAGACACGUGGCAACACACACUGGAGAAAAACCUUUCGACUGCCCACUUUGUGGUAAAAGAUUCGGUCAGAAGCGACAUUUAGUAACACACGUUAGAAGCCACACUGGGUAAAAACCUAUGAAUUGCAGUCUGGGACGAAAUUUUCUGAUUUCUGCCCCAACUUUACAGUGGGAAAAUGAUUUCAAUAUCCUUAUUCUGUAUCUCUGGAUACUCUUUUGAAAAAGUUGUUGAAUGAUUUGUGACAAUUGACACCCAGCUAUACAUUUCCUUUUUUUUUUUUUUUUCUUCUUUUUUUUUUCUUUUUUUUUUUUUUUGACACGGAGAAUGGAAGUCUAAGUGUCCGGUUGGUCUGAACAGUUUUGAUGUUUCACAUUGAGAGUAUGACUUACUCCCAUUGUGAUCAUUCAACAUAUCUCGUUUAUUCUGACAAAGCAGCGAAACAGGAAGAGGGUAUAGGGGAACAGAAGAAAAGAAACACAAGAGAAGAAAAGAAACACAAACAACAACAACAAAUACAUUGAACGCCUACACUAGCUAUGAAUAUGUUGGUGCUAUCGUCAGUAAGAUGUAUUUCCGGUUGACACCAUGUGGGGGGCCUGUUGACCAGGAAAAGAAGGGGAGGGGGGUGGGGAAAUCUAUAAACUAAGUGACUGGGAGGGGUAGAAUGUACACUCAGCAGCUCUGUGAUCUAGAACCUAGUAAUUGUGUGAAUCUCUUGUGAGUGUAAGCCCGUUGGCAACCUACCCUACGCCGCUGCACUGCCAGCCCCGGGACCCCUGACCCGAGCGCGCCCAAUCACAUCUAGCCGUACACGAGCCCCACCAAACACGCGACAGCCACGCAGACGAGCGGAGACACCGCGUAGGCGCCAACCCAGGGCCACGGCUCCCAGCCAGCUCGGGGAGGCAGGGCAGUUGGGGGGGGGGCAGCCCAUCCCUCCUCCUGCAGCCCAGCAAAGGCGCCAUCGUCACCCCCCCCCCCCCCGGGAUCCAGGGUGGUCCCCUGGGCCACCCUCGCUCCCAUCAACGAGCCCUCAGGGAGGGGAAGAGGGGACGCACCACCAACCCCACGCCUGCCCCAUCCCAGUCCGCCCACCUGGCCCAGGAGCCACAGCCCCCCAAGCAGCACAACACACCACAGGAUCCCCAGCGGCCCACCAAGUCCAGGGCAAGGCAGGGUCCCCUGCUGGAGCAGGCGACAUCCAGCCGAUACACCUGCGACCCGCAGCGGAGCGCAGGACGGGUACCCAGGCAGAGAAGAAAGGGUGAGGUGGAAGUAGAAGAACACCGAGGAGCCGGCGCGGGACGACGCGAGAUCAGAGCCCUGACCUCCACCCACUCCCGCGGCCGGCAGCCCAGGCAGAGGGGAGGCCACACCCUGGAAGCCACGCUAUAGAUGUUUACAAGACAUCUAUUCAUGGCUCUCCUCAAACGUGCCCACUAUUCAAUAGCUCAAAAUCAGAAGUCCUUCGAGUUGACACUACCUCACGAACAGUGUUGGUAAUCUUUAAAAAAGUAAUUAGUUACAGUUAUAAAUUACUUCUUCCAAAAAGGAGCAAUUCACUACUUUGUGGUCUCCCUAAUACAGUAAAUCUCUCCAGAAAUUGCAGCUCCUUCAAAACUCGGCAGCACACCUCAUCGCAUGAACCCUGCAUCACCCCCAUCCUCCGUCAUUUUCAUUGUGUUCUGGUCAAAGAAUUUACUACAAGAUCCUUCUCACCACUUUCAAAACUAUUCACGGCCUGGCCCUACCCUACAUUUCUGAGCUCCUUUGGACUAGUGUCCCUACCCCAUCCUUCGUUGCUCUGGAAAACAGUACGUAAUUGUACCUAACCAUAUCUUAUUUUUUACUUCAUUUUAUCAAUAUGACUUGUUCUGUCCUCACUAAACGCGAAGUUGUUCAGCUUGAUAGACAGCAAACAAAGCAAUUCUGUUUUUUUAAGCAUUUUACUUCAAUUUUUACAAUUUGUAAAGCUGUAACACACAUGUACACGUCUGUUCAAAACGACACGCAUUUUGACAAUAAAACACUCGACACAAAACGAUUGGUGUUCAAACGUUCAUCUGGUCUGAUCAAUAUGUAAAUUUAGUAGAUUAAAUUAGCCUAAAUUGCUACACAAAAGUUCAGUAGCUUAAAUGCUACGAAUAUUAAUGUAUUUACAAUUCUCAUAGCAAAUCGCUCACACAUAGCUCCACAAACUGUUGCUCUAAACUUAAUUACAAAUGCAUACACAAACAUAGCUGAAGCAACUUAGAGCAUUAUGUGGGCCAAACCAGAGCGCAUCCUUUAUCGAUGUGAGACGUCUGAGUGCUCCUGUAUGGAAGCAUUAUUGAACAACAGUUCAGCCAGACCCACACUGCCACUAAAGGGCAGUGUAUCCUCCAACAUUAAAUAAAAUACAAUACUUUUGGACUUUAUGGAUAGUUAUUUUGACAUUUUAAAGGGUUAAUUCUGAUUUACGCAGAAAUUUGGAUUACUUCGCAAGCGUAGGAAUGGAACCCGUUCGUAACCCGGGGACUACCUGUAUAAGUUUUGUAAAAUGUUGUUGAGUGUCUUGAAGAGCACUUUGAAAUAGAAUGUGUUCUAAUUUGAAAUACUUUAAUGCUGGCGUUGCCUUUGUUAUUGUUUGUUCAAUUUCCAAACAUCAUCUGGAUGGCUUCAGGGAAGAUGUGUUUAUUAGUCUUGUGCAUUGUGAUAUUUUCCAAUCUGAUUCAUUAUACAAUUACUUGACCUCUUCAUUAUAACUAUGAAAUGUUUUUGUUAAUUACUGACUUGUUUUUUUUUCAAUUUCAUUUAGUGUGAGCUAUUUUUAGAGCUCCUCUCUGUUCUACAUAAAAAUAAACUUUAG